AUGAAGUUCACUUCUUCUAUCAUCAAGCUGCUCUCGUGGUCCACAUGGACCACCGACAACUACAACAGCAACACCAAGAAGACCCCCGUUCUCCAGGUCGCCAAGGAGAUGACGGGCAACAACAACAACAACAACGACAAGGACGUUCCUGUGGCAGAGGAAGUCCCAACAUUCCAACUGGACGAGUUGGACAAAGAUGUCGUCCAAACCGCGGCACUGUUGCACACAGAUGAAACCAAUCCUGAUGUGGAGUUCCAGCAGCACGGUCGCUUUCUAGGUGCCUACGACCUUUCCCUGGUUCCUUCGGAUCAGCAUGGUCACUACGGAUACGACAACAACCAGCACCGGCCCAAGGGCUGUCGCAUCCAACCCAGUCAAUCAGCCAACGCUCGCUGGAAGACCCAUUACGGUCAAGACACCGAACGGAGCAAUGGAAACCGUUUAUCCUUUGCUCCCGUCAACACUGUAGUGGGGUACUCUUCUGACAAGAGUGAACAAGAGGAAAACAGCAGUGUCUAUCGAGACAUGAAGAAACAUGUGCCACAGGCAACAAUUGAAUUCUGGCAGGAAGCCCAACAACAAUUCAUUUCCGUCGGCACACAGACACCCCACGAACGCGUCUUGGAUCUCAUCCAGUUGAUUCAAGAGUACGGAUACCAACAAGUGGCCAAAUGGAUCACCAACAACAAAUGGUUCCAAAGUGACAAAGCGUACCUACGACAAGCCAAACUGUACAUUCAAAUUGAUGCCGUGCAUCGAGACCUCGAGGGACUUGUCAAAUUCAUCAAGGCGAAGAAAGGAAAUGACAAGCAAGUCUCGCACUGGUUCAUGGUCAACAAAAAGAACACUUACAUGUUCGAACUCGCCAUGUGCCACUUGCAUCUCGGUGGUAUUCAGCGCAACGCUGACGACAAAAUUUGCACCUUGAAUACGCGAGAACAGAUUGCCAAUCGACGAUUUGUCUAUCGCAAGGUCAAGGACGUCUGCAUGGAAGAUGCAGCACCCGUAGUAGUAGAACAACAACCAACAACAACAACUAAAGAGGUCGAGGCAAUAGAAAAAGUCUCGACCGUCGACGACAACAAGAUGGCAUCCGAUGCCACAACCACAUGCGAAGCAGCGGUGGUUCCCACAUGCACAGUAGUGGUCCCAUACAUUCAAAAGUGGCAUGUGAAACACUUCAAGAUCAGUGUGCAUGGACAACAACCGUUUGUAUUGGAGAUGCGAAUGAUGAAUGGUGUGCUACUUGGAGUGGCACCCAACGACAUUCUCGCUGCAUUGAUGAAGGAUGGUGGAGACCUUGUCAAAGAAUUCAUGCGGCGGCACAACACACUACGGUUGGAGGCAGGCGCUGCCUCGGACGAUACGGAUUACGAAUUCGUGACUGGCCAAAUGGUGGAAGUGGUAGAUGAUGAGGAACCACUACUGGUCGAGGAACAACAACAAGUUGAUGCUGAUGAACCACUGGUCGACAACCGAGUCGAUGAGGAGGACAAUGCGGACACAGCACAAUCAACAUUGCGGCGGUCAAAGAGACGCAUGGCGGCGAUUGCAUCUCAAAGAAUCGCAGAGCAAAUGAAGCCACGGCGGGUGGCAGAGCAACCUAGAAAUAAUACACGUAGACGCGCGGUGGCCAAGAAGUCGACAAAGCCAAAGGCGCAGGGCAAGAAGACAAAGGCAAAGAGCAAGAAGAAGACGACGAUACCUGUGACGGACACACAGCAGCAAACCACGGUUCAGACAACAACAACUCUUUCUGGACGGCAAGUCAGAAAGCCUGAUCGGUACAUUCCAGUCUAG